AUGCAUACCAUCCCGCCAACUCCACCCACUUUCUACCUCAAUAUACACACAACCGACACCUCAAAGACUGAAGACUUCUUCAAGGCUGUUGGAUUUACGUUCAUUACUGAAUUCUCCGACGAGAAAACCAAAUCUUUCCGUCUACCUUCGCCUAAUGAGAAUGUCUCAGUCAUGAUGCAUGCACAUGAGCGCUUCAAAGAGUUUAUCCGCCCAAACAGCGAGAUCACCAAUGCUCAUCGGGCAACUGAAAGUCUAUAUUCUAUUUCGGUAGACAAGAAGGAGGAUGUCAAUGCUUGGAUCAAUCGGGCAAAGGAGGCAGGGGGUACUGCUGACCCGUACGCUAUGGAGAACUAUGGCGCAGGAUGUGGCAUGUACACCCGCAGCUUUGCGGAUUUGGAUGGACAUAUAUGGGAGGUUUUUACAGUGCUGAAACAGGAAUAA